AUCGUCCAUUGUUACCCCCCUCCCAUUUAGGACGAGGUUCAUGUAAUGGCGGUUGCAACGUUGUACGAUCUGUUUAUAAUGUUGUUGUCAUUAUGCAAUUUUAUGAAUAGAUUUGUGUAAUUUGUCUUCAUGCCUUCACGAUAAAUACAAUUUUGAUUAUGAAGUCAAAAGAUUUGAUGGAUUUUGUUGAAAAUUUUUUCUGUUGGAAAUGUGUUCCAAUUUCUUUGAAAUGUGGAUGCUUGCUUCAACAAUUCGAGCGAAACAAAUGAAAAUAAAUAUAUUGUAAUCUGACGAAUAACACUAAGUGCAGAGAUGUCAAGACUUGGGACAAAAACUUACAGCCGUAAGACAGAAUGUAAGACAAGUGUCCAAUUUGAAAAUUUGUUAACUGAGAAAGGCAAUAAACCAUCUACUGCCAAAGUAUCUGUGGCUGGUGUUCACAGAUGGGGUAUGACCACGUUUACCUCUUUGAGGAAGUCACGAAUUAAUGGACAAAAAACUACAACUUCUGGUGAAAGUGUUUCGGUUGAACCAGUUAAGCGAAUUAAACUAGAAUUGGAUGCUCCACUGAGUUGUUCUGAUGACCCGUUUUCAUUUGAAACUGAUAGUGAGGCUGUGCAUGAGAAAAACAUGAGUUCUUUAGCAGCUCUUAAUCCUUCUGGUUUGAAUGUGGAAACCAAACCAGUUGUACCAAAGCCAAACAAGUUUUUUAAAAGUGGUUCACGCGGCUCUAAAAGUUCAAUUACAAAAAAUAGUGAUUUUGAUGCCGUGAGACUUUCAGUACCUCCAGCUUUUAACUCUUUGCAAAAACCUCAAUCUUUACCUAAAGAUUCUAAUGAUUUCCAAAGACCUAGGUCUGUUAAAGAACCUAAAAACUCUCACAAUUUUCAGAAACCCAAGCCUUUAAAAGAACCUAAAAAUUCAAAUAAUUUACUUUUAAAUGUUAACACAAAUGUUAUAAAUGAUUUUACUCAUUCAUCUGACGUUUAUUUGACCAGUGUCAAUCCACAGAUUACAGAUAUGUAUGCCUCUCCGUCUCCACGUGAAAUUAAGACUUCCAAUGCUUCCAAUAAUCCACAUAUGCAUUACAUAAGUUCUUUAAUUCAGCCUGUUGCGUCAAAUGAUGCUUCAUCUCGUGCAUUUGAUGCACUAUUGACACUUGAUCUUCCUAAUAAAAACAGUGAAACAGAUGUACUUACACAGCUCGGUACUGCAACUGAAUCACUGAAUUACAUUGACGAUAAAAUGCUAAAGUAUUCUAAUUAUGAUUCUGUGACUCAAAGUGUUCUCAACAGUCAGCAUAUAGACUCCUUUCCUUCUCAUGAUAAUUUAUUUUUUGAAAAGAGUUCUGAUUCUUUCAAUGGACAGAAAAAUGAACUUGGUAUUCCAAGUCAGUAUUUAAGUGAAAAAACCAUUUGUGAUACAAAUGUACUGGACGAUUUUGUGUUAAAUGAUACAGUUUCCAAACCUGAUGCAUCAUCACAAGAGUUCACCAUGUCAUCUUUGGAAAUCGUUUCAUCUCAAGAUAGUUUGUCUACUAAAGAAAAUAAUUCAACUCAAGAAACUGUUCUUUCUCAAGAUUUUGCAUCAUCGCAAGAAAGUAUUUCAUCCUCACAGGAAAAGACAGACCCUAAUGCUGUUGCAAAACAGAGUUCAAGAAGAAAAAUAUUUAGCUCUUCUUUAAAAUUUAAAGCAAAGUACAACCAUCGACAUUGGCAUUCUUCUAAAAAAGGAGAUGAGAGUUCAAAUGAUCCAGAGGCUUCUUCCUUAGCUGAUGAAUUUGACCAAGAAAUGAUUAAAGAAAGCUUUGUUGAUGAUUUAAUACCCAGUGUCUCUAAUACAUCGUCUGGUGAUAUUAGAUCCUUUAAAUGUCCCAAAGAAUCUAAAGAAUACUAUACGGUUGUUAAGAAUGUCAAGCAAGCUUAUCAGUGUCAUGAGUCUGGUGAAACUCAAGAAUUUAAUGAUGAUAUUGAAUAUUUGUUAGAGUGUGUCCAAGAGUGUAAUGCUAUAGGUACCAGAUGUUUAAGUGUGUUGAAUCUUGCUGCUAAAUGCAUGGGACCUGCCUUUCGCAUACAUCUUCGUGCCCAUGGGACGAUGCCUAAAAUAUUUAGUGCCUUAAAAGAUGCUCCGGACGAUCCAAAUUUAGCUUUAUGUACAGCAACAUUGAUGUUUGUUUUAAGUCAAGAUAGACUUACUAUGGAUAUAGAAGCAAGUACUUUGUCCUUAAUGCUACAAUUACUGGAAACUGAUCCUGAAUUGAGGAAUCCUGACAAAGAAAUUGAUUUGAUAUUGAAAGAUCCUGCUCUUUGCGCUAUGCAAGACAAACACAGGGAAAAAGUUUAUCAAUUGUGUGAAGAAAUGCAGCAAAAGGGACAUGCUAAGCAUUUGAAAUUGGAUAAUAUAAAUACGGGUAUUUUGGCUAUGGAGACACUGUUAAGUUUAACAUCUAGAAAAGCUGGCGAAUGGUUUAAGGAAGAAAUGCGAACUCUACGAGGCUUGGAUAGGAUUGCUGAUACUGUUACCUCAUCAGCCCAUAUGUUGACUCCAGAUGAGAAUGAAAUAAUUUCCCAUCCGACCGAUGUUCAAUUGGAUAAAAUUAGAAAAAUCGAUCGAUGUCUAAGGGUUAUAGAAAAUAUUACACAUAUGAAUCCUGAAAAUCAAGAAUAUCUUAUGCAUUACAAGAAUUCUUCAUUGAUUUAUGCUGCUGUUAACCUUAUGAAACUUCUUAAAUCUCAUUUACUGGAGCAAAAACCUGUUGAAUUGGAUAUUUCUGUUAAUGAAGAAGCAGCUCCUAAAUCUAACAAAGAAGAGUCUCCAAUCUUGUCUUGUCUUCUUAAUCUGCUGAAAAUACUUAGCAACAUAACAUACAAAAUAGGAUUAGAUGAUUCACAAUUCCCUCCUGAGGAAGGCCUUAUGGACCACAUACUUAUGUUGAUUUUACAAGUUCCAAGGGCUGUGCCCUGUGAAAAACGAUUCGAUCUUUUAGUUUUGUCCCUUGGUCUAAUGAUAAAUUUAGUGGAAUACUGUCCUGACAACAGCGCUAAAUUCAUAGAAAUGUAUGGCUUGGGCUCAUUUGAUACUGUGAAUGAUGGUUAUGAAAUGCCUGCCUCAGAAGCUUUUGUUGAACUUAUGUUGUCAAGAUUAGAUGCCGCUAAGCUUUCUGAAGAACAGGCCGAUGAGCUUUUAAAUUCACAAGAAGAAAAACAAGCUGCUUCAAUUGAAAAGAAAGAUAUUGAAACUGCAGUAGAUGAUUUGGAAGAAACUCUCAUGAAAACUCUGCAAAAAGCUGGAAAACAUAUGGAGCAUAGCAUUAUUGCUGCAUACAUUGUCAUUUUACUUGGCUGUGUUGCAUUAAAGAAUCCUGAUUUCAUUGAUAUUUUGAAAGAUUAUGUGCCAGAUGGAAAUCUUGAUGUCAUGGUUGAAGUUCUAAAAAAAUUCAAGAGCUUUGUGACUCUAACAGGCUCAGUGGGCAACAGAGAAUUGGUAUCUAUUCAAAGUGUGAUUCAAAUUCUGGAAUCCAGCUAACAUGAAGUUAUUUCCAAAUGUGUGUAGAUAUCUGAAAACUUGAUUGUAUCUAAUAUGAGAGAAAUCAGUUUCAACUAUAACCUAUGCAGUUAAGAAACUAUUCAAACCACUUAUUAUUUAUGCCGUACUAAUUUUCUAAAAAGAUGUGUGGUGGACUUGUACAUUUGUUAAAACAAUUCAAUUGCAAAUAUUUGUCUUUGAGCUGUAAAUGAAAAUCAUUUAUUUUAACAGUGGCAUUGAAAAUGCAGUUUGUAUACAUUUAAAGCAAUAUAUAUAAAGCAAGUAGAUAAAUUGAAUUGGAUAUGUGCUUGCAUUUGUUCACCAUUUCAUCACUUUAUUUUUGACAUCAGGUUAAGCAUUGAACUUUAGAGUAGUUGUAUACUUUUGCUUGUCUUUUCUUUUUUUUCACAAAUCAUUAAUGCACUUAGCAUUGUAAUUUGCCUUGUUGGAUGAUUUUCCAUGAGAUUAAAUUAUUCAAGGUAGGUUCUGUCCGCUCAUUGUAUAUGAACAUUGUGUAUAGUAGUCAACACUGUGUUUCUUAGCUGGCUAUAUUGGAACCAGCAAACAUAUUAAAAACUGUGCCUACGCAAACCUGAUAAAUUUAAUUUUGUUUAGGACUUGAUAUACUUAUCAAAUAUAUUAAUUAAAAAAAAUGCUAAAAAAAAAACUAUAUAUAUAUAAAUAAGGUGAAUAUUGUUUUAUUUUAAGCAGAGCACUUUUUAUUUUAUUUCCUGACAUACAUGCACUUGUAUUCAUUUUAAAAAAAAGAUAUUUUUAAUUUAUAAGUACAAUGUGGCAUUCUACAACUAUAUAAUGCCAAUCACUCCAUGUUAGUAUGUGUGUUUGUACGUGACUUUAUAUUAUAUUGAAAAAUGCACCGAAUGUUUCAUUGCAGUAUCCCAAAGAUUUGCUCUUUCAUUAUGUACAAAUUGCAUUCAUUUGUGUGGUCCUGUUGAAUUUUAUAUUGUGUUACUUGAUGAAAACUGUUGAUUUGUGAUAAUCAUUUGUUAAAUUUAAAAUGAAUAGUUUUCUCAAAUUCCUAACCCUGUUUCAUCACUAAAAAAUACUUUAAACUAUUAUCCAUUCUGUUUAGCCCUGAUAUUAUGAAUUGUUAAUUAUUUCUCCUGUAUAAUGUUAAAGUUAUUAAUCUCAGUUGUUUGCUGGUUUGACACUUUUUAAGAUUUUCCUAGCAAUUGAAUUAAAACCUGUUAAUUCUUUUUUUAAAAAAAAUUUAAGGUUCAAAUGAAUUAGACAAUAUUAUAUGUUACAUUUCAUUAUUUAGUGAUGUUUCAUAGCUUAAAAAGUGAAUUAUGCAAGCAUGAAAUCUAACAUUUGUAAAUAUCUCAAAUUUUUAUGAAAUAAUUUGUCAUUGUGAUUUUGGUUUUUAAUUGAGAUUGAACAGAUUUGUAUUUGACGAAUAUGUAACUUAUAUGAGCAUUGAAUGGGUAAUAAAUUUAUUUUAAAAUA